CCUAGACAGGUGCUGUCCCCUGAACGCCCACCUCAGAAUAUUUCCGACUUUGCACCAACCCUGCCAUGUGAGCCAUGUUCUCUUCUCAGUUGGCGUACCAUGCUUAUGAACCGCAGGUGGUUGGUGAACACAUCCUUCACGUAGAUGCGUCCCAUGGUCCUGAGUCAAUCAUUGGGCUUGGGGCUGUGGCCCUUUUCGAAGCACUUCAGCUCCAUCCAGAAGUUGAAGUCAGACAUCUACGACUUUGGGAUGAGUCAGUGAGGCAGCGGAUGGACUACAGACUGGAGCAUGUGCGUGCGAAGAUGGCGAUGCUGUCGGCCUCUGCGUCGGCCACACAGCGGGAGAGCUUUGCAGCAGUGGAAGCCUUGGCAGCAGAAAUUGCCACCGCCAGAGGUCUGGUGGUUUCAGCUCCAAUGUGGAACUAUGGGGCGCCAUAUGCUGCUUGGGUAAGAAGCGCCCAUGCUGGCUAACCCCCAUCCCUGUGACCUCCGGAGCGCCCAGGUCGUGAAGCAAUACUUCGACUCGGUGGCGCAUCCAGGUCUCACCUUCAAGGAGACCUCCGAGGGGCCAAUCGGACUGCUGGGCUCUGGAAGGCUGCUUCACGGAGUAAAACUACAGCAUACCACAGCAGACCACAGCUACCAUAGAUCCAUCG